AUGGAAAACGGAUCGUCUUCCGAAGGAAAGGACCCAUCGGCCUUUCUGAGCGAGAUCAUCGGCGCCCCGGUCAUCGUGAAACUGAACUCCGGUGUCGUUUACAAGGGUGAGCUUCAGUCGGUUGAUGGUUACAUGAAUAUUGCGCUCGAGAAGACAGAGGAAUUCGUGAAUGGAAAGCUUCGGCGUAACUAUGGCGACGCUUUUGUGAGAGGAAAUAAUGUGCUUUACAUAUCUGCCAGUUGA